AUGGCUUCAUCAACUCAUACAGAUACAAAUACUAAUCAUAAUGAAGAUCAUCUAAUUAAACAUGUUACAGAACAAUGGAAUGAAUUAAAUAAAAACUUAGAACAUUUACCAAAAUUUCAAAAUAAAAAUCAAACUGGUGUCAAUGAAGAAUAUAUUAAAGAAAUUGAAUCAAAAUUAAAAAUUACUUUACCUAAAGAAAUUCGAGCCGUUAUUAAAGUUCAUAAUGGACGAAAACAUAUUGAUUAUGGAUUAGGUUAUCAAUUACCAACAACUGAUCUUUUACCAAUUUCAGAAUGGAAACCAUAUGAAAAAGAUAAUUAUGAAUUUCCGGAAGAUUUAUUUCAAUGUCUUGCAAAUAAAGAUAAUGCUUGUGUUGAUAAAAAUUUAUAUGAAGAUGCUCGAGAACAUUUAAAUGUUUAUUUAAAAGAUUUUGAAAAAACUUCAAAACAAGAAAAUGUUAAUAAAUUAGCUAAUAAUGAAACAUUUCAAUCUCUUCCUUGUGAAUUAUUAAUCGUUGGACAAGGUUUAGAUGAUUAUGCUGAACAAUAUUUAUUAAGUAUUCGAUCAGGUAGAAUUUAUUUAGCUAUUCAUAAUAUACCCAAAUGGACAUUAAUUGGAACAUUUGCUGAUUGGAUUCAAAAAGGUUUAACUCAUGUUAAAGAGCAAAUUGAAGAACUUAAACAACAACAUGAGGAAAUUGAACUUUGUUAA